CAACGGCGCCGUUUGGGAGCCCUACGAUUCUUGUUUUUUUUUCUCUGUUCUGAAAGGAAUCUUGAACACAGAUAAACUUAAUAUUUUUUGGCAGCCAUUCAAAUUAUUGGUGGCUUCAAAUUCACCUCUUACCAACAUAUACACCUGUAAUCUUUAUAGUUUCUGCAUCAGCCCAUAUGAUAUGAUGUAUCUGAAUCUGGUGAUUUCAAAUGACAAUUAAUCCUUAAACAAUCAUUGUUUUUAAUAAAAUAUUGAUUUUUUCAAAAUAUCAGAGCUUUUGAUUUCCUUUCUUAGCUCAUAAAUAUUCCAAGAUCCCAAUUUCAGUUAGCGCAUCGCUUCAUUGAUAUGGUUCAGACAUGUUAGCAGUGCAUCCCUCGGGAACUAUCAACAAAUUCCACAUUCCUUUUAGCUUCAAUGCCCCUUCGCGCGGAUACAGAACCACUACCUUUGGUCAUUUGAUAAGUAGCUGUUCUGUCUUCUCGGAAUCAAGAGUUCCUUGGAGCAAUGUAGAGUGUUACCACUCAUCCUUUUCUCCACCAGGCCAAGUUAAUCAUCGAAGGAAUUGGAUGUUUUGUCGUUCACGCAACAACUCGGAUGAAGAGUACCGUUCGUCACGCAACAUAGCGAUAAGUCUUUUAAGACGUUACAGGACCGUGAUUGAACGCGGUCAAGGCGAAACCUUAAAAGGAUUCAUUUCUGCUGGUGUGAACGCAUAUGCGCUCGGUUGCACGGAUGAAGAUUUGAGAAAAGAACUUAUGGCUAUGAAAGAAUCAGGUUUAGAGAUCGAUAGAAUGGAGAGUUACCACGGAAGCACACAAACUAAGUCCAAGAUUUUGAUGUCCGAGGUGGAUGAAUGCAUAUUGUGGCUUAGCAUUGUUUUCAUCACAAUCUUGUGUACUCCGCAACCCACGGUCGUCAGAUGGUCAUCGACUCCUUCGGUUUCAGAUGAAGUUCUAAAAAAAUGGAGAGGCUUUUGUGCGGUUAUAGCCAAUGCAUACUAUAUCAGGGGAAUGGCAUGGCUGCCGGUGAAGACUCUUCAACUGGAACAGAUGGCAGUAAUGGGACAGGCGGAGGAGCCGUCGGUUGUGGCCAGCAGAAUGCGACUGGUCUUUAGCACUCUCGAGGUAGUGAGUCCACAGUGGCCACGGGUUUAAGUAUGAUGUACUGCAAUUUUCCACCUCUACCUCCAGCAUUUGUGUGCGCGCGUCACUAUAAUUUCCUUUUUCAUUGUUGUUGCUUCCGUUAAAACUCUUCCAGCGCCACCUACGUCACAUACAGGCUUAAAUUCUAAUAUUUGAUCCACGAAUUCGGUAGGUUUGAGCCCAUUGGGAGUUGUCUUACUCCAUGAUUCGCACUCACAACUCCAAUGAACACCAGCACAAGCAGCUCUGUGACUUUCAUAUUUGUUUUUCUUAUAUAUUUAUGAAAUACUUCUCAAACAAGAUUUUUUUAGAUACCAUAGAAAACUUCAUAUGUUCAGUUCUAAGUAACUUAAUUUUUUAAAAUUAUAAAACAUAAUUCAAUCCA